GCUGGAUAAUUUAAGAGAUGUUGGAGUUUUAAUGAUUUAAGAAUGUCUACAGCUCUUGUCAAUAAUAUUCACUUUGAAAAUUGGUCUGCAAAUCAAGUUGCAGACUGGUUGAAAGGUCUAGAUGAUGUGAUACAGCAGUAUGUUGCACACUUCAAGGAUAAAGACAUUAAUGGGAAAAAGUUGUUGCUGUUGACACAUUAUGACUUGGAAAAAAUAGGAGUCCACAAAUUAGGACACCAAGAGUUGAUAUUAGAAGCUGUGGAUCUUCUGAGGUCUCUGCGUUAUGAUUAUGAAACCGAGAACCUGCAGUCCUUGGCUCUACAGCUGGGUUGUAAAGCUAGAAGUCUAUUUAACGAAGUUCAGCCCCGUAACUUGGAGAAUGACCCUAACAUGGCAAACAACUCCCACACAAAGCCACAUCACAUGACUGUGGACAUCCUGUCUUCUGUAGCUGACCUAAUUAUCACACUAAAGUGUGUCAUCCAGUGGUUAGACAGGGCACCAUUUGAGAAAAUCUAUGACAUGGUGUUACUUCGCAAUACUCUGGUGAAGCUUGGGAUAGAUCUGAUAUCAGCGUGUCAGAAAGAUGUUUCCGACCCAAAUCCAGAGGAGAAAAUAUACACUGCUUGUCACAUGCUGGCAGAUUAUUGUGAUGGCCUAGUAGUCAACAAUACAGAGACUCUGGUGAUACAGCCAGCUCUGCUGGAACAAGCCACCAUCCGCAAAAAACCUGGAGAGGAACUGGGUAUGAGAAUACAUUCAGCAUACUAUGGUGUACAUGUGAUUGGUGAAGUGAAGGACAGGUCACCAGCUGGUCUGUGUGGGAAGAUAGAAAAAGGUGAUGAAGUGGUGCAGGUGGACCAGAAAACAGUGGUUGGCUGGCAGCUUCAGAGAUUGGUUGAUAUUCUGAAGGAAAGACCAAAAGAAGUGCAUCUCCUCUUGAAGAAACGUCCUCAUCAUAUUAGUCCAUAUGGUCAGCUUCCAAAUAGACGUCAUCAAAACACAAACCUUCACCCCCCUCAAGUAAAUACCUUACCCUCCAAGAAGAGGAGAUCUCGAGAGGGGGAGCACAAUAAACAGGCCAGACCCUCACUUCAGGAAUUGUCAAGCUCUGUGCCAACAGAUGAUCUGUAUACAACAAGGGAGGAGAUCGUGACUGAUGAGAAGGAUGAUGGGAAUGAUACAGAUAGUGACGUAUUCAGGAGUGGAUCCGAGUCUCCCCAAUUCUCCCUUCCGGUUAUCACUGACCCCAAACAGCGCCGCGCCACUGUUAGCGGUGGAUCGCCAACCCUCAGCCGCGCUCUUCUGGGAAUUGAAGACCCAGACACCCCCACAAGACCGAAAUCUUUCACUGUGGCGUCGGCGGACUUACCACCACCUGAGUACAAAGACAUAGUGGGAGAGGAAAGUAAUCUAGCCAAACUUGGAAGUGGCAAUGGAAAGCCAGGAAACGCUCAGCAGAAGCGACAGGACUACAAGACAGCCAAGACUUCCCCACAAUCUCUAGAAUUUACAGUCAAGAAACCAGUUCCUAUUGUCCAUGAACCAAAAUCUGAAAUAACAACACCGAAAUCAGCUAGUGAAGAACAACAGAAAACUUUUCAAGAUUUGUUAGAUCAAAAGAAAGUUUUAGACUUAUUAGAGGUACCAUCUAGAUUUCAAAAUCCAAAUAGGCGGACAGCAGAGAGUGUAGAGGAAGUAGACAAGCCAGAUUGUCUGUCAUCUCCAUCAUCAACUGAUACCCUGACUGACCACUCCGAGAAGAAUGCCACAGAGGAAGAGGCAGACAGUGGACAUCAAGUAAAAAGUCCGAUUAAAGUGACCAGCAGUGUUGAGAAUGAUCAGGAGGGCCCCAGUUUGGAAGUCAUUGGUUGUACAGACAGAAGUGAGGAGGAUACUACUCAUGCCACUGCUAUUCCAGAUCCCCACACUGAGAAUUCAUCUGGGGUAAGUCUACACACAGUUGAGGCACAUUCGGAUACAAGUGGUCAGUGGCUACAAUGGCCUUUAUCCCAGAUGCCUAAAACAGCUCCACAAAAUCUGGAUGCCUCGUAUGUUGAUAGGCGAAAACCCAGUAAAAAUAUGGCUUUCUCCUCUGUUGCUACCUCUACUAGAGAAAAGAGUGAACCUCAACUGAUGAAAAUUCGAAAAAUUGACUCUUUUAUUGAAGGAGGGAAUCGGGACAAAAAAGUCGCGUUUUCUGAAUCAACAAAACAGGAGGAAAAUGUCAGUUACAAGACAAUCGUGGUGGGUGGAGUAGUUCAGAAGAUCCCUGUCACAAAUGAGCCAGCAGUUGUCAUGAGACAUAAAAAGAAAGCAAAACGCGUCGAUCGGCGAGUGAGUUGUAAGGAUCUUGGCACUGGAGACUGUGAGGGCUGGCUGUACAAGAAAAGAGACAAAGGAGGGUUCAUGUCAGGUCACUGGGUGAAGAGAUGGUGUGUUAUAAAACAGUACAACAUGUACUUCUACAGAGAUGUGGAGGAUCUGAAGGCAGAAGGAGUUCUACAUUUGCCAGCAUUCCAAGUUUCUCCUGCUCCAGAAGUCAAAACCAAAAAAUUUGCGUUCAAAAUUCACAAUGCCGGUACAUCCUUUGUUUUUGCCUCGGAGCGACAAGAAGAUAUGAAAAAAUGGAUGAAUAAGAUGGGGUUAGCUGCCAUAUCCUUCUCUCCUCCAAGGGUAAUUAAACAAGAUCAGUCCAAAUCAAAUGAAUAUUACAGCGAGAGUUCUGAUGAAGAAUCCCACCCCUCUACAGCCAGCAGUAUGGAGUCACUGAACAGUAUCGGACAGGUCAACGAAAGCAUGGUUAAUAGUUCAGGAGAGAUUUCCAGAAGUGCGGGUGAUUUAACUCGCCUUAUGGAUAAUAUUCGUAAGGAACAACUUACUUUUGACGGCAAGGACAAGAGGAAACAGAGAACUAGCGCUAUAUUACCACCGGGAGGACCACCGGACGAAAUGUCUGCCGAAAGUAUAGAGAAGCUCAAACGGAAACAUUCAUUAAUGCGAACUUUAAAGGCGAAAGAAUUGGAGCUUCAGGAAUUAGAGAAUCUUCUUAAAAGUGAAAAUAAAAAAGCCCUUCUUCGUAGCUUUAAGGAAGAUCACCCAGAUGCAAUAUGACUUCAAGGGAUGCUCCAAUGUUGUUUUGUAUCCCUUACUCGGACUCUGACGUUUAGUUCGAUCGCAAUCACCCUCGAUAGCAGGAAUGAAGCAACAAAAAAUAAUAUUCUAGUAAAUAAUGAACUAAUUACCAUUACAUUCCGGAAGAAAAGCAAGAGAGGACCUUCUAUAUUAUGGAAAUAGCGGUCAUUAGAUUUAACAUUUUUUAUCUGAAUUUCCUUGUACUGUUGAUUGCUGCACUUGAUGUCAAUUGGUCAAUGUUUUCUAUGUAAAUUGUUUUAUAAAUUUCCAUUUAAGCUUUGUAAACUUUUGUUAACUAUUGUGAAAUAUUAUAACAAAGUGACAGCAUUACAAGAGGGAACAUAUGAACCUAGCAAUUUUUUGUUUUGCU